ACCAACCGGCGCUGCAAGUCCAGACGCGCUGAUCUCAACCACUGCAAAAGGCCGGAUCCAACGUGGCGGUCAAUUGCGUGCCGGAAAGAUAUGCUUAGUGCAUUGCACGACUCCUUUUGGGAUGUAUCUGUCAGAUUUCGAAGUCUGCGCGGCCCGAGCCUCCCUGAGGAUGUAUCGCGGCCCCCUUAUAUAUCUCAUAGAAUGGUGCCCAGGCGCAAUUAACCUACGAACAAGCGCUGAGCACCAUCCAAACUAUGCGAUUGUUUGCUCGAUUAUUAGUGCAACUUUUACCACUAUAAACUCCGACUUUGCUUUUCCGAGAAUACAAACAACCAAUCACUACUAGCAAGGAUUCGUCCAGCGCCAUGGCUGGCGGUAAGCGACCCGAUGUGCACCCUGUGAUAGACCUCGAGAAGGACAUGGUAGGAUGGGACAGCGAGGAUGACCCAACGAAUCCGAGGAAUUUCCCUGUGUCUCAGAAGUGGUUUUUGAUGAUACUGGUCAGUACCAUCACAUUCAUCAGUCCAUUCGCGUCUUCUGUCUUCUCUCCAGGUGUGGUGUACGCGGAAGAGGAAUUUGAUGUCACAUCGACUAUCUUGGGAACUCUCUCGGUCACAGGUUAUCUCAUCGGUUAUGUAACUGGUCCUCUCUUUUUUUCUCCGCUAAGUGAGAUGUACGGCCGACGGAUCGUCCUCAGUGCGGCCAACACGUUCUUUGUCGCCUUCCAGAUUGGCUGCGCGCUAGCCCCCAAUAUCUCUGCACUAAUCGUUUUUCGUUUCCUGACGGGCGUCGGUGGAUCGGCUUGUUUGACCACAGGUGGUGGUGUGGUGGCCGAUUUAUUUGUGGCCGAACAGCGUGGAAUUGCAAUGGCAGUUUAUACUACGGGUAUCUUGAUCGGACCUGUUCUGGGACCGCUUCUUGGAGGUUUCAUUGCUCAGCGAGCGGGUUGGCAUUGGGUGUUCUGGGUGCUGGUCAUUGCGGGCGGCACGCUCUCUGCUCUGGUCAUGAUUUUCAACCGUGAGACCAACCACGUCGUAAUCAUACGCCGCAAGACCGAGCGCCUCCGCAAGGAGCUCAAUCGUCCCGAGCUAUACAGCUGUUACGAAACCAAUGGAGCGGACGCCAAAGGUUCUUAUACAAGCACUCUCGGCAAGCGGCUGAUCAUGCCAUUUUACCUCUUGGUCCGUUCGCCGAUCGUCUUCCCAGUUGCCACCUAUCUGGCCACACUCUACGGAUGUCUCUACUUGCUCUUUACCACAGUGACCGAUGUCUUCAAGAAGUCCUACGGCUGGAGCACGGAGAUCAGUGGCCUCGCGUAUCUCGGUCUCGGUGUCGGCUUUAUCAGUGGCCAGAUAGUCUUUGCCUUGGUCAGUGACCGUAUCAUCACACGGUUGAAGUUGCGCAACAACAACGUCUUUGAGCCGGAAAUGCGUUUGUCCAUCACUAUCGUCUUUGCCUUCUUCAUCCCCGUCUCGUUCUUUUGGUACGGAUGGUCUGCGCAGGAGCAUACGCACUGGAUUGUGCCGAUCAUUGGCCUGGCGCCUUUUGCGUUCGGCAUGGUGGGUAUUUACAAUACAUUGCAGACCUACGUGAUCGACUGCUAUCCUCGGUAUGCUGCCUCCGGUACCGCCGCGAUGGUGGUCACACGGUCGCUGAUGGGUGCUCUGCUGCCGCUGGCGGGACCGCGCAUGUACUCGACAUUGGGCUACGGAUGGGGUAAUUCCCUGCUGGGAUUCGUUACACUUGGCAUGAUCCCCGUGCCAAUGCUGUUUUACAAGUUUGGUGGCAGCGUCAGAAAGUCAUCUCAGUUGGAACUGUGAUGGGUUGUGCGGUUGUCACACGAUUUAUCAGAAAAGCAUGGACAAAGUGAGAGUGAGGCUUGGGGGAACCAUGCAUCGAAGAGAUUGGGUAUAAUUCUUUCAGUUCUGUUUCGUUCGUAUAUUAUUACAUGCACAUAGACUUGAGCUCCCUGGGAGUCUCAUGUGGCGUUUUGGCGAUGGGAAGAUGAUGAGCCAGUAUAAGGCUGUUUCAGGAUUGCAUACAGGGAAUUGGCUAGUCAUGUCAAUAUGUAUAUUGAUUAUUAUGAUAGAAAAUUAGCAAAGCUGGACGGAAAACGAGGAAGCCGACUACUUGAAUCCGAGGAGAUCGUCGAUCAGUGCCGAUCCUCGGCAGCUAUUUUGCGGAGAAAAAUAACAU